UGAGGAGCGUCUGGAGCAAUGCAUUAGCAUGCAGAUGUCAUUUUGCUGUAAACAAAUUACCAACUAAAAUUCUGACGAUGCACAUAAACAAGGCCAAACAGUCAUUUUCCUCUGGCCUUGUUAAUGCCUUUUGGAAGAUUUCCUUUGCACAACGGCAUGUUGCGCCAUUGCCUUCUGUGUUGGGGUAUUUUUGCGCAGCAGCUACUUUUUUUAAUCUAACGGCUAGUUGGGGCACCAAUGCUUAGUUGCCACUCAGUUAGGGUCGAGUCAGCGCUUUGCCUACAGGCCAUCUUCUCUUCAAAAAGACUUCAUUUAGCCUGAAUACUUUUCUUUUAUGUGUAUGUUGAAUUAAUAAUAGCUGCAGGAUGGAGGGCACACGUGCACCCUCGGCGACAAAUUCUGCCCUGUGACACCUCGGCAGCAGUGGUGGUGGAAGAAUCUUUUACUUGAGUGAAAAUGUGAAUGACGACAAGACACUGCAAUGCACUAAAACUCUUAUUAUUUUCAUUCUUGAUUCUUAAAUGUAAAAUCCCUGUUCUGUGCUUACUUAAUGAGGUGUUAAAUGGAAAAAAAAGCACUUGGUCUACGAGCAAAUCACUUGUUUGCAGCCAUAUUCAAAUUUCAAAAUAAGCACAAGGAUUCAAUUUGCUCAACUUUAUACCUGAAGCGCUGUUUUGCUCUUGUUGUAGUUACUUUAACUUUAAGUCCACUUCAACCAUGUCAACUUCUGUAUUAGUUAUCGAUUUUAAACAUUCCUCUUUCUGUUAGGCCAAUUUAAUUGGUAAGAGACGUGCAUGUUAGAAAGGCGACGGUUUCAGAGCUUCAAUGUGCACACACUUAAGCAUGUCCUACAGUAAUGAACCUGACAAGAAGUGCUGAAAUGAACAGGAUGGCUUGCAAAUAUUUGUCUGGCAGGUUCAAUCAGAAAGCUCAUUUCCUUUUAAUUUCAUUCUGUGGUGGCUUAACUGGGGAAAAAAAAAACCCGCUGCUUUACCUUCUUGAUUUUUUAUGUGGAGAAAAUAGAGAACCGUUAAUUUUGGUUUUCACUAAUUUAUUUUCUGUCAGUACUUUUUGUGAGGAAAAUUAUCGCUUUCCUGUGCAAUUUGAUGAUUUGUUAUUAUGCAAAAGAAACAUUAAGAGAUAAUAAACCGAGCUGGCUCAACACCUUGUUAGGAUCUUCCUACCACUCGGGUACAACUGCAUUGACUUAACCUAUUCCUCAAGGUGAUGGAAAGGUUAUGCUAUUUUCUUAUCAUGCAAAUAGGAAUGUGAGAGUGUGGUCUGGUGUUUGUAAAUGUGUGGCCAGGAAGCAGGAAUCCGCUUCCAUGAGGAGUCCCAUUGAGCCGUCAUGGCGCACUGAUCAAACGACGGCAAAGUCACCGGAUCAAUCACACUAAGCACAUAUACUGUGCGUGCCGUGUGAAUGCAAAUAUACCCUCAUCACUUCCUUUGGUCACGGCUGAUGCAAAUCACAAGUGAUGCUCCAACGUAUAAAUCCCUGCCAGUCGAAGAGCUUCAACCUUGCUGUUUGCGUCCUGUAGACGACUUCAGGCGAGGAUUAUCACUUGGAUAAGGAAAACCAAAAUGUGAUUCUGCAGACAGAGCCAAAAGUGUUGAAAAGGAUUGUGAGGGAAAUGUACGCAGAACUCUUACAUCGGAUUGUAAGUGAUAAUUAAAAAUAAAAAGCUUUGCCCAUUUGCUGCGAUUUUUGGACUCCAAAAGAAGAUUUGGACUAAGCUUGUAUAAUAAAGACUAAAGAAGGUGGCAGGCUGUUACUAGAGUGGAAUUAAUGUGAGGGUUUUUCCUUUUAGCCUGACAUCAACAAAGUGUUUGAAGAGAGAGCUUUUCAUCAUGCUUGGGACAAACAAAAUGUCCAUGUGGCUCUUGACGGGCAUGACAGCUGUUACCACGGUGUUCUUGAACCUCUAUAUUUUCUUGACGAGCGUGUCCAACUACAAGCAGAAGAAGCAGUGGAGCCCCAGUGAGAGCAUCAUUGUAGCUUUGUCCUUGGCAAACAUCAGCCACCAGCUCAUCUGCUACUUCUGGAUGAGCAUGGAUGAAGUGGACAGCAAGUGUCACAUCGCCCAGAUGCCCUACGCCGUCAUGCUGGUCAUUACUUUCAGUCUCAAGUUCACCAUCAUGUGGGACAGCAGCUUCCUGACAUUCUACUACAGCACCAAGCUGGUGAGCACGCCCAACCAGUGCUACACACACAUCCAGGCCACCAUCAUCAAGCAUGUGACACUCGCUGUGUUUCUCAUCCCACUGAGUGGCCUUGGGACCUGCAUGCCCAUGCUGGUGGUCUUCCACAGGGCCAAUGACACUUUGGGGGGUGAUAAAGACUGCGGGGUGUUAAUGCCCAACUCGAAGCCUGGAAAGAUUUACGAGGCCCUCUAUCUGAUCCUUGCAGAUGUGCUGCCGGGGAUGUUCAUGGUAAAAUGCUGCAUCUCCAUCUCCGUGCACUUGGCGGUGCAUGUGCGCCGCAUGAAGGCCAGCACAAAUGGCGCUCACGUCCCGAAGAUGGGCACUCAGAUGAGGGUGAUCCAAAUGGCUCUUUCUUUGGUGGCCGUCUUCCUUAUCUUCCUCGUGGUCGACCUGUACGUCAACUAUCAGAUAGCCGUCCAUCAUGAGAACGCCAUCACGCUGACGUUAUUCUUCACAUCCAUCUAUACCACGGUUUCUGCCAUGGUGCUGAUCUAUGGGAAAAAAACUCUUUGGAAAGCUUUGAUCCAUGAUUUUAACAUCUGCAUGGACCUAUAUCCAUGUCUGACAUGUCUGAAGGUGCCUGAGCAGAGGGACCAAUCUAGCAGCACCCCUGCAAAGAUCAAGAACUGAAGGUUUGAUUGAAGCAAAUAUUCGUGCUAUAUUCCAGUGAUUCGCUGACACUCGGCUGCGAGGAAUCAACCAACUUCAGCGAAAUGGUUGGAAAAUUCGUAUUUAUUUACAACAAAUAAUGUGUCUUUGUUCAUUGAUCUAUGAAUCUUCUAAUGUUAUAGAAGUGCUUUGGCUCAAUAAAGAUUGUGGAGCAUAAUCCAAUCAUGACGUAACUGAAACCUACUCAAGAUUUUGUAUAGUUGUUGUGUAGACAUUCAAAAACGGCUUUAUUACAUAUUAUACUAUAUGAAUUGCAGCAUGCCCAUACUCCAAAUCAAAUUUAUUAACAUAGGCCUUAAUCACAAAAGAGUUUCAAAUCAUCGCUGUGAAGUGGGCACUUCUUUUGACCCUGAUUGCUCAUUUCCAUGUGUAUGACUCUUUCUCUCCAAUAGCCACACUACGACCCAGGGGGAUAUUUAAAGAAAUGAUAAUAAUGCUUUCCAUGAUACGAUAAUUUCGAUGAACACUAAUAACACUGCAAAAUCAACGCGGUUUAGUUUAUAGAAUGUUUUAUUACCAAAAUAGUUCUUCAAAAAAUAUUAAAAGUACUCAUACAAGCUUUUUUUUCUCUUUCUUAAAUUUAUUUUAGAUUGUAUUACCUGUCAAUGGAACAUUUGGCAAGUACGUUUGCCAUGCAUUUGUAGACCUUUUUGUUUGGGGUUUGCAAGUUCUCCUGGCGCUUGGAUGACUUAUCUCUAAAUAUUAAUGCGUGCUUGCAUCGAUCUGAAGCCUUUCCUGGUGGGCGACAGCUCAAACAGGUUAAGAUGUGUUGUCUUCAACCCGUGGGGGUUUGGGGGAGCGGGGGAAUAGUUCAACCAGGGAUGCAAUCGGCCUGCAAUGUUUUGUACAGAUCUUAGGAUUCUUUCUAGCGACUGUACAGCUGCUACUGAUAAUAACGGUUAAUUUUUAUUGAGAUUGUCAGAGUGGUGUUCAUUUCACGACACAUUUAUUAUUGAGUGUAAUUUGAAGUGGUGAACAGUUUUGUAGUAGAUCUCAAUAGGUUACUCAGAUAGGCUCCAGCUUCACGUGACCUUCAACGAAAUGAUUGGUAUUGACGAUGGAUGGAUCUAAUAAGCAGUCACUCCAUAUUUACGCAAAAACUUGUGUUUCAUAAGUGAUAAGUUCAAUUACAAUAGCACAAACAGUGAAUGUGUGAUUAAGAAAUGAUGUGUCUGUGCAUACUUAUUUUUGCUCUGUGUAUGUGUCACCUCAGAAUUUGCUUGAAUCUUGACAAAUACAAUCUGCAGGGAGUAGAUCUGCCGUGCACACAUCACAGCCACCAAAUUAAUAGCUCACUAUUCGGAUCACAUGCUCAUCACACAGAAACUGUGAAGGUAAAUAUUUCAUUGGAACAUAUAAGUAAGGCAAAAGCAUGGUGGGCUGGACUGUGGUUGUCCCCUCCGAAAAUGUUGAAAAAUACAUGUGACAUUGAGGGCACAGAGCAUAUUAAUAAAACAUGAGCUACCCACAGC